AUGUCAGCAGACUCCAUCACUUCCAAGGAGACACAGCAUGAUCCCGGCUCUGAUGUCCCCUCAGCAUCGAUGCAUUCCUACCAAGGAGAGCCGCCUCCAGCCUACUCUGAAGCCCCACCAGUGUACAAACCACCUCAAAUCUCUCGUUAUGAGUCUUUCCAUGACAUAAACCCACAGAUAUCAUCAGAAACAACUCCGCUGAUGUCCUCAUCUUCCUUUGAUGACGAGAUAGUGAGGAAAGGGUUUAUUAGAAAGGUUUUUAGCAUCGUGACGCUCCAGCUGCUGUUCACCUUCACUGUAGUGUGCGUGUUCACCUUCUCCAGCGUGGUCAAAGAGGCAGUGCAAUCAAACAUUUGGGUCUAUCUCAGUUCCUUCAUCGUCUUCGUUGUGGUCGCCAUCGCCCUCACUUGCUGCAAGUCCUUCAGCCAGCAUCACCCGUGGAACAUUGUAGCACUGUUUGUUGUCACCGUGAGCAUGUCAUACAUGACGGGGACCAUCGCCUCCUUUCACAACACCACUGCUGUGAUCCUCGCUAUGGGAGUAACGCUGGCCAUUACUAUCUCAAUCAUCGCCUUUUCAGCGCAGACUCGCUAUGAUUUUACUUAUUGCAACAGUGCUUUGUUGAUUCUGGUCGUGGACGUCGCCAUGUUUGGGAUAUUUUGCACCUUCUACUACAGCUACAUCGCUGAAGUUAUCUAUGGAUGUCUGGGAGCUCUGUUGUUUUCAUUGUACCUGGUGAUCGACUGUCAGCUGGUGAUGGGGAGGAUGGCCUACAGUACAGAUCCAGAAGAUUACAUCAACGCUGCUCUCAGAAUCUACCUAGAUGUAGUCCUAAUUUUCCUCUACAUCCUGGGGAGGAGGUGAAACUGCAUAUACAAAACAAACGGACACUUCAGACUGUGGAUUAAAAUGUCCUUUAUCAUUAUGUACUGUAUA